AUCCAGGCAAGCAGGCAAGCAAGCGGCACGAGAGCUCAGCUCAUACGAGAAGCGCAGCAGCAACUCCCGUUCCGUACCUCUGCCGUGCUUUCUCCUUCCACCCACCACCACCGCUCGAAACCACGCGAUUCCUCCCGAAUCCCUCGGCCUCUUCCCGACCUCGCCACUGCCAUUACGAGAAGGCCAUUUUUCUCAACUCGCCACCCACUAUCACAAUACUUUACCCUCAGUUCGUAAUACGUCUUUAAAUCGCCUCUACUGCAUCGCUGCCGCCAUACUUUACCCCAGUAAAAUGGCGGGUUUCAGAUAUUGCGGGCGGUUCAAGUCGCUCGUGCCACUUGUCGCGCUCUGGUUGGUCCUAUGCGCGCUGCCGUCGGCGCUCAGCGAGGACGACGAGGGCGGGAAUGCCGUAACCGGCGCGUGCGAAGUGUCGUCGCUCCUUGGUUACAAAUACGCCGUCGACCUCAGCGGCAACGGUCUCUACCUGCACUGGGUUCCUAACGGCUCGACCAAAAUGGACUUCGCGAUCGAGGCGCGGCCGGGCAGCGGCGCGGAAACCACGUGGGUGUCCGUGGGGUGGUCGGCGGGGCGCAUGGUUCCCGCCGACGCGGUCAUGGGGAACCUCCCCGGAAACAAGGUCGCCGCGUACUCGAUACAAGGCUACGAUGCGCAGUCGAUCAAGGCGGCAACGGCGUUUUCCGUGGCGGGGACGGCUGUGAAGUAUAGCAAUGGCGGGAGUACGAUCUCGAAGUUUACCCGGACGAUCGGCGACGGGGAUUUUCCCGUUGCGCCCGACGCGAACACGCUUAUCUGGGCGUUUUCCGGCAGCGGCUCGCAGAGCCUGGACAAUCACAACGGGAACGUCGGCAUUGUCAACAUUGACUUCACGUGCGCGAGUGGCGCAGCGCCCGCGACUGCUGCACCCAGCGGCAGCGGUCCCAGCAGCGGCGGCGCAAGCGGCAGCGCUUCGUGUCCCGCGUCUUCCCUCGCGGGCUUCGACUACCAGGCGGAACUCACCACCGGGCUGCUUCUUCACUGGAAGCAAGCCUCACCCACUUCCCUCGAUAUGGCGCUCGAAGCCACCGCAUCCAGCGGCGCCGCAGGCUCGUGGUUCUCCGUCGCGUGGUCGGGCGACGGCCGCAUGUCCCCGUCUGACGCGGUCAUCGGGAAUAUGCCGGGCGGCGCGGCUGGCGCGUACGCGAUAACGGGCUACGACAUCGGUGCCGUCGCGCCUACCAGCUCGUUUUCCGUAGGCGCUGCGACGACGGAGGCCGCGGCAAAUGGCGGGAGUACGGUGGUGAAAUUUACGAGGACGGAGGGCGAAGGGACGAUCCCGAUGUCGCUGUCGGCGCCGAAUGCGCUGAUCUGGGCGUAUUCAGGGAGCGGGUCGCAGAAGUUGGAUUACCAUGGAAAGCACGUUGGCUCAAAAACAGUGAGCUUCAACUGUGGUGGCAGCAGUACCAGCACCACUCCCGCCACUCCCGCCACUCCCGCCACUCCCGCCACUCCCUCCCCAGUCCCUGUGCCUGCUCCUCCUGCCGUCACCCCCGCACCGCCCUCCACCUCUUCCUCUCCUGGCGCUGGCUCCAGUGGCAGCAACGGCAGUAACAGCGGUUGCACGGCUUCGACUCUGGCUGGUUACUCCUGCUCUGAGAAGCUUAGUGGCAACGA